AAACAUCAGGGCUCACAAUUGCUACAUCUCCGGAAACCUUUGAAACUGCAAGCACUUUGUCCUCAACAUUACAUUCACAGUCAUCACCGAAUCCAACAUUUUCCAGUACUCAAACGACGUCUCCGAUAACGCAGACCACCCAGUCAAUUUCAACUUCCUCUCAUGCGACAAACAGUUCAACACUGUCUACAACUGCUUCAUCACAAGCAAUAACAAGCAGCCAAGGAGAAACUACUACUUCUGUUACAAUGGCUAAACCUUCCUCAACUGCAACAGAAACAUCCGGUAGUCCUCUGUCGACAGACUCACCGUCCACAACUAUUAUUUCUGUUCCAUCAGAAACCUCCACUUUAACACAGGCAACACUUCCAGCAACUUCUGAAAAUGCAACGACCUUCUCACCAACUUCACAUUCACAGUCAGCAAGCAAGCCGACAUCUCCCAUUACAGACAGUACAGCUCCCACGUCACAUACAACAGAAAUACAUCCAACUUCUCCCGAGGCAACAACACAGUCAACGCUAUCUGCAACUUCAACAUCACAGCCAAUAACUAGUAGCCCAACAGAAACAACAUCUUCAUUGACCACUCCUAUGCCUUCAACUUCUGAAACAGAAGCAACCAGUUCUCCUCCUCUAUCGACAGCCUCGCAGUCCACUCUUUCUACUUCGGUGUCAUCAGAAACAUCAGGGCUCACAAUUGCUACAUCUCCGGAAACCUUUGAAACUGCAAGCACUUUGUCCUCAACAUUACAUUCACAGUCAUCACCGAAUCCAACAUUUUCCAGUACUCAAACGACGUCUCCGAUAACGCAGACCACCCAGUCAAUUUCAACUUCCUCUCAUGCGACAAACAGUUCAACACUGUCUACAACUGCUUCAUCACAAGCAAUAACAAGCAGCCAAGGAGAAACUACCACUUCUGUUACAAUGGCUAAACCUUCCUCAACUGCAACAGAAACAUCCGGUAGUCCUCUGUCGACAGACUCACCGUCCACAACUAUUAUUUCUGUUCCAUCAGAAACCUCCACUUUAACACAGGCAACACUUCCAGCAACUUCUGAAAAUGCAACGACCUUCUCACCAACUUCACAUUCACAGUCAGCAAGCAAGCCGACAUCUCCCAUUACAGACAGUACAGCUCCCACGUCACAUACAACAGAAAUACAUCCAACUUCUCCCGAGGCAACAACACAGUCAACGCUAUCUGCAACUUCAACAUCACAGCCAAUAACUAGUAGCCCAACAGAAACAACAUCUUCAUUGACCACUCCUAUGCCUUCAACUUCUGAAACAGAAGCAACCAGUUCUCCUCCUCUAUCGACAGCCUCGCAGUCCACUCUUUCUACUUCGGUGUCAUCAGAAACAUCAGGGCUCACAAUUGCUACAUCUCCGGAAACCUUUGAAACUGCAAGCACUUUGUCCUCAACAUUACAUUCACAGUCAUCACCGAAUCCAACAUUUUCCAGUACUCAAACGACGUCUCCGAUAACGCAGACCACCCAGUCAAUUUCAACUUCCUCUCAUGCGACAAACAGUUCAACACUGUCUACAACUGCUUCAUCACAAGCAAUAACAAGCAGCCAAGGAGAAACUACCACUUCUGUUACAAUGGCUAAACCUUCCUCAACUGCAACAGAAACAUCCGGUAGUCCUCUGUCGACAGACUCACCGUCCACAACUAUUAUUUCUGUUCCAUCAGAAACCUCCACUUUAACACAGGCAACACUUCCAGCAACUUCUGAAAAUGCAACGACCUUCUCACCAACUUCACAUUCACAGUCAGCAAGCAAGCCGACAUCUCCCAUUACAGACAGUACAGCUCCCACGUCACAUACAACAGAAAUACAUCCAACUUCUCCCGAGGCAACAACACAGUCAACGCUAUCUGCAACUUCAACAUCACAGCCAAUAACUAGUAGCCCAACAGAAACAACAUCUUCAUUGACCACUCCUAUGCCUUCAACUUCUGAAACAGAAGCAACCAGUUCUCCUCCUCUAUCGACAGCCUCGCAGUCCACUCUUUCUACUUCGGUGUCAUCAGAAACAUCAGGGCUCACAAUUGCUACAUCUCCGGAAACCUUUGAAACUGCAAGCACUUUGUCCUCAACAUUACAUUCACAGUCAUCACCGAAUCCAACAUUUUCCAGUACUCAAACGACGUCUCCGAUAACGCAGACCACCCAGUCAAUUUCAACUUCCUCUCAUGCGACAAACAGUUCAACACUGUCUACAACUGCUUCAUCACAAGCAAUAACAAGCAGCCAAGGAGAAACUACUACUUCUGUUACAAUGGCUAAACCUUCCUCAACUGCAACAGAAACAUCCGGUAGUCCUCUGUCGACAGACUCACCGUCCACAACUAUUAUUUCUGUUCCAUCAGAAACCUCCACUUUAACACAGGCAACACUUCCAGCAACUUCUGAAAAUGCAACGACCUUCUCACCAACUUCACAUUCACAGUCAGCAAGCAAGCCGACAUCUCCCAUUACAGACAGUACAGCUCCCACGUCACAUACAACAGAAAUACAUCCAACUUCUCCCGAGGCAACAACACAGUCAACGCUAUCUGCAACUUCAACAUCACAGCCAAUAACUAGUAGCCCAACAGAAACAACAUCUUCAUUGACCACUCCUAUGCCUUCAACUUCUGAAACAGAAGCAACCAGUUCUCCUCCUCUAUCGACAGCCUCGCAGUCCACUCUUUCUACUUCGGUGUCAUCAGAAACAUCAGGGCUCACAAUUGCUACAUCUCCGGAAACCUUUGAAACUGCAAGCACUUUGUCCUCAACAUUACAUUCACAGUCAUCACCGAAUCCAACAUUUUCCAGUACUCAAACGACGUCUCCGAUAACGCAGACCACCCAGUCAAUUUCAACUUCCUCUCAUGCGACAAACAGUUCAACACUGUCUACAACUGCUUCAUCACAAGCAAUAACAAGCAGCCAAGGAGAAACUACCACUUCUGUUACAAUGGCUAAACCUUCCUCAACUGCAACAGAAACAUCCGGUAGUCCUCUGUCGACAGACUCACCGUCCACAACUAUUAUUUCUGUUCCAUCAGAAACCUCCACUUUAACACAGGCAACACUUCCAGCAACUUCUGAAAAUGCAACGACCUUCUCACCAACUUCACAUUCACAGUCAGCAAGCAAGCCGACAUCUCCCAUUACAGACAGUACAGCUCCCACGUCACAUACAACAGAAAUACAUCCAACUUCUCCCGAGGCAACAACACAGUCAACGCUAUCUGCAACUUCAACAUCACAGCCAAUAACUAGUAGCCCAACAGAAACAACAUCUUCAUUGACCACUCCUAUGCCUUCAACUUCUGAAACAGAAGCAACCAGUUCUCCUCCUCUAUCGACAGCCUCGCAGUCCACUCUUUCUACUUCGGUGUCAUCAGAAACAUCAGGGCUCACAAUUGCUACAUCUCCGGAAACCUUUGAAACUGCAAGCACUUUGUCCUCAACAUUACAUUCACAGUCAUCACCGAAUCCAACAUUUUCCAGUACUCAAACGACGUCUCCGAUAACGCAGACCACCCAGUCAAUUUCAACUUCCUCUCAUGCGACAAACAGUUCAACACUGUCUACAACUGCUUCAUCACAAGCAAUAACAAGCAGCCAAGGAGAAACUACCACUUCUGUUACAAUGGCUAAACCUUCCUCAACUGCAACAGAAACAUCCGGUAGUCCUCUGUCGACAGACUCACCGUCCACAACUAUUAUUUCUGUUCCAUCAGAAACCUCCACUUUAACACAGGCAACACUUCCAGCAACUUCUGAAAAUGCAACGACCUUCUCACCAACUUCACAUUCACAGUCAGCAAGCAAGCCGACAUCUCCCAUUACAGACAGUACAGCUCCCACGUCACAUACAACAGAAAUACAUCCAACUUCUCCUGAGGCAACAACACAGUCAACGCUAUCUGCAACUUCAACAUCACAGCCAAUAACUAGUAGCCCAACAGAAACAACAUCUUCAUUGACCACUCCUAUGCCUUCAACUUCUGAAACGAAGCAACCAGUUCUCCUCCUCUAUCGACAGCCUCGCAGUCCACUCUUUCUACUUCGUGUCAUCAGAAACAUCAGGGCUCACAAUUGCUACAUCUCCGGAAACCUUUGA